AUGGGUUCUGGAAGCAGUGCUCAAGCACAAAAACAGCAAAUUGAAACGAAGCGAGCAGUCGCCGAUGAAACCAUCGAAACCAAAUGCGAUCCACGAUUACCUUAUGCAAAUUUUCGCGAACUUUUUACUCUCAAAAAUUACUGGAAGACUAUAAGACGUAACGAUAAGGACUGCGCGAAGACGAUGUUUGCCCAGUAUCUUAAAGAAAAUGCUGAUAAGAAAGCAUUGUAUCCAAAAUUGAAAAAUGUGGAUGCAGGUACGAUCAGUAGUGCGACUAACGACCCAGGAUUCGAAGCAGUAGCUGCGGCUUAUUUAAAGGUGUUCGAUGACGUUAUUACGGCAGUUGAAGAAAAGCCAGCUGAUGUAACAGAUGCAUGUGCUCGCCUCAAUUCGAUUGGCAAGAUGCAUCGAGCAAAAGUGUCAGGAAUGGAUGGGAGCCAAUUCCAAGCGAUGGAAGAACCAUUUUUACAUAUGGUCAAUGAAAUUUUGCAAGAUAGGUACAACGAUAAAGCUGAGAGCCUUUUCAGGAAGUUCUAUCAGUUUUGCAUCAAACAUAUGCUAGAAGGCUUCAAUUCGUAG